AUGGCUACUCCGACAUCCAGCUUGAACCCGCCACAGUCCCAGGUCUCCGCGCCUGUCCACGAAUUCCGGUGUAUGUUCACACACGAUAUCUUCAAGAAACAGAAAAAAUGGCACGAUGGCUCGGUCAAGUUUCAUACAUUCAACAAGCGUGUCAUGGUGUACGACGAGUCAAGAAAUUUCGUGGGUGACCUUCACUACAGAGGACCAGAAGAGUUUGAGGAAGGCUUGGAGUUCAAACUCGAUAGACCCGUCUUGGUCGAGGUUGGAGAUCGGCUAGGUCAAACAGACACUGACCUCACACAACUGCUUGGUAGGCAGAAGCAAGAUGGUGCGGUCACCCAAGCCAAUAGCCAGCUAAACAGAUCCACGUUAUCUCGCAUAAACACUUCCAAGCCGCUUGUAAAGCCCAAAUCAAUCAGAGAGCUACUAGGUGCCUCCCAAGGACGAUUUGGCCGCUCCAGAUUACCACUUCAAUCGCCCUAUGAGCAGAGGCAAAUAUCGGGAGGUCUCCAGCCUGAUCCUGAGCCAAUACCAAAGAGAAGGAAAGUUGGAGAAGAGACAUUGACAAAGCAAAGACAUCAUCACGAAGAGAUUCCUCUACAGAUUGUGAGCCGUUCUGUUUCGAAACCACUGUCACGUACAGAACACGAACGACCCAAAGAGGUUGUCGAGUUGUUUUCUGACGAUGAGCCGAGCCUCAACCACGAACCUCGCACGUUGGCAGGCACGAAACCUAAAGACAUCACAACAGCCGCACACAAGCAGACGAACAAACUCAAGCAAGGUACACGGGCAAAUAUAUCGAAGGAUGCCACCACCUUUGAGCGACUCAGCAGACCUUUCUCUCGUGAACAUGAAAAUGCUUCAAUGCGACCUAGUUCUGACUCCUCUGACUCUCGGCCUCCUACUGCCACUUCGCGUCGCAGUCAGCGCUUUACAUCCUCUGGACCAAGGAGCAGCCUGAAGUUACCCUCGCAGAAGCCUCGUCUCAAGUUGAUGUACAAGGCUUUGCUCUCUGCAAUACCUGUCGGUACAGACAAUAUCGGUUUACCUGCGUCCGCCAGGGUUCCUGAGCAGGCUCAACAGGCUGAAACCCAAGCUCCACAAUUCAGACGUCCGAGAAAUGAUUUGCUUGACACUGACAGAUUCUUUGCAUUGUCCCAAAUGCAGCCACUUGAGUCUGGGAUACCCUUGCCGAGGUCUCAGGAUAGAGUGUCGCCGCAAAGAGAUGACGUGCAAGACCAUACUCUGCCUCUGAGCCCGCGGACGCUGCCUGGGCAGGUCGAGCCUGGACCUGCAAAAGUACAAGAAGCUGAGAUUUGUGUACCUACGAGUCCUCUCUUUAUGACGCAAACAGCUUCUCAAUCUUCCGCUCUCCCGAUGCAAGGGCCCAUGCUCGACGCCCUCGACCUCGACUUAGAUGCUAUGUCUAUGCAUCGUGACAGUGUUGGUGUCUCGAGCUCUCAGCCUGUCGCAGAUGAACCCGAGCCUGACGAAAUGCAUUCUCCUGAGCUUCAGGUGAGGCUCGACCUGUCUUCGUCAUCUCCGUCAUACACCCCAACACAUCGAACAAGAUCAGGGACCGUCACACCGAAAGUCGAUGUGCACUUACAACCGUCUAUUGAGGACGGUCCAUCAGAUGCUAGAAAAAUUCAAGACCCACAACCAGAGCCUCCGAUUCAAGCGGAUGUCCGGAGGCUCAAACGCCCCUUCCGCAGGGUCGUUUCGCUUGACCAGCCAGCACUAGAGCACAACAAAGUUAACCACCACGAUGGUUUUCAAAUAGAUCUCUCAUCAACGGACACAUCAAUGCGUGCAUCGAACCUGUUGAGUCCUGACCCAUACCCUGCUCAAGGUCCACCAGCAUUGCUCAGGACCUCCACUUCCGAUCCAUCCGCGUUUUUGAAUAUACCUACCAUAUUUGAGCCGACCGAAUGCAUUUCGAAUGGUGCCGAUCCGCUUGAGCAGCAGAAGAAGGAGCAAACCACUGUUGAUACUCCAAAUCAAGCUCCUGAGGCUGUCUCUGAACCUCUCAUACCAGCGUCCAUGCCGUCCGAGAGUGGCGCGUGGACCUCGACCGAGGCUUUCUUGCUCUUUGAUCGAUGGCCGUUGGGCAGACAGAAGCCAGACUACGGACAGAUGGCUGACGAGCCGCAAAGCCGCGGGUUGUCUGGUGGGCUGCCAGAGGACGAGCGUCGUGUGCAUACCAAGUCUGGAAUCACUGCAAUGACAAAGAAGUACGGCACUUUUGGAAGCGCCAAACUUGUCUCGCAGCAAUGA